UCGAGAGUGUGGAAUGCAUAUUACCCCCCUUCCCUCCUUUGUAUUCAACGCAUCUUCUUCCCUUCAUUACUCUCCUUCAACAUUUUUUUGAUUCUUUCAUCUGUUUUCUUCAUCACAUACACCAACUCGUUGAUUUUUCCCUCAAUCCAUCUUCCCGCAUCACCAUCUUCUAAAGAUCAAAUUGCCAUAAAAAAUGAACUUUUUUGGUAGGAAUAUGACCGAGGAAUCAUCAACUUCUCAACGAGACACUCUUAGUUGCCCAUUUUUGCAUAACAUUAACGAACCGACUAAUUUCUCAUUUUCAUCUUCCAUGGCUAUCCCAUUACCGGCCCGAGGAAGGGGAGCAACAAAAGGUCCUAUAUUUGAAGAUGGUCCCAAUUUUGAUAGAGCAUUUAGGGUUUUCCAUGGCCAAAAUGGUGUGGUUCCACUUUCCGAUUCUGAGCCAUCAUCACAUGGGUCCGAACCGGGUCCACAACGGUUCAACCCGUUAGCGGCUAAUGCGGCUACAAUUAGUCUCUCAGGGUUUGGUGGGGCCUUUGGUUUUGAUGCCUUUAACGAGAUGUUCAAAAGUCAACAAAGAAAACAUAAACCAUCCAACAAGAAAAAGAACAAAGACUCGAAUCAUGAAGCAAUGGGUGAAGAAUGGCUACAAAAUGGGAAUUGCCCGAUAGCAAAAUCGUAUAGAUCAGUGAUUAACAUCCUACCAAUCAUGGCCAAGGCACUUAAACCACCAUCGGGCAUAAACUACAGGUGCCCGCCGGUCAUCGUGGCAGCCCGGGCAGCUCUAGCUAAAACUGCGUUUGCAAAAAACCUCCGGCCACAACCGCUGCCCGAAAAAGUACUGGUGAUUGGAGUUAUGGGCAUGGCUGCUAAUGUUCCAUUAGGGAUAUGGAGAGAACAUACCAAGAAAUUUUCACCUUCUUGGUUUGCAGCUGUUCAUGCAGCCGUUCCAUUUAUUGCCAUGCUUAGAAAGUCGGUUUUGAUGCCUAAAUCAGCCAUGGCUUUUACUAUAGCGGCUUCUGUUUUAGGUCAGGUGAUCGGGUCUAGGGCUGAACGGUAUCGCCUGAAAACGAUAGUCGGUAGGGAUGGGCGGUGUGGGGAGACAAUUGAGUGGGAACCUGCAACUCUGCAGGUCACUGGACCUGCAGUAGUAGCCUGAGUCCAAUUGUCCAAUUCCAGUAUUGGACAACUGGAGUCAUCCUUUAUUGGAUGAGUGGAUUUUUUUUUGUUAAGUGGGUUGGAAAUAUUAGUCUUUUAUAAGAUUGUAUUAUAAGUGUUGGAGGGGGUUUAUUAACGCAAACUAAAUAUGGGAGGUGAUUGGAAUUAUCAUUUUUUGUAUUGACUUAAGUUGUAUUUAAGCUAAUAAAAUGAGUCUUUGAAUGAAA